UCAGACGAGCGGAAGAAGUGCCGCGCGUGCGCACUGUGGGGUCCAGAGAAGAAGGAGCCAACAUGGAGGUGUUUGUUUGCGCUCCUGGUUACAGGUUUACGAACCAGGCGUUUCGGGUCGGUUCUUCGGUCCGAGACGUUCUGGACUUUUUCGUCCAGCACCAGAGAGCGUCGGCUGAGGAUUUCUACGUCAUCAGAAAUGGCAGACUCUCACACCUGGAGGAUCCUCUGCAGCACGGUGCCAUCUAUCACCUGGAGCCCCGCCUCUGUGGAGGGAAAGGAGGGUUUGGCUCCAUGCUGCGAGCUCUGGGCGCUCAGAUUGAGAAGACGACGAAUCGCGAGGCCUGCAGAGAUCUGAGCGGACGGCGACUCCGAGACGUCAACCAUGAGAAAGAGAUGGCGGAGUGGCUGAAGAAGCAGGCGGAGCGCGAGGCCGAGAAGGAGCAGCGGCGUCUGGAGCGUCUCCAGAGGAAACUGGCCGAGCCCAAGCACCAGUUCACCGACCCCGAGUACCAGCGGCAGUGUCACGACCUGUCGGAGAGGCUGGAGGACUCGGUGCUCAAAGGGCUGCAGGCGUCCUCCAGCGCUCAGGUCAAGGCCGGAGACGUCUCGUCGACCAAGAGGCCGAACAACGACCAGAGCUCCGUGCCACCAAAGAAGAAGAAGACGACGGUGAUGGAGGCGGCUGCUGCUCCGGGUUUCUGGACGGGGAUGGAGGACCUGGAGGAGGAGUUGCUGAGCUCAGAGAGCGAGGACACGGACGACGAAGACUCUCCGACCAUGUCUUCAUCCGUCCGAGGGGCUGUCGUUACCACGGCGAAACUGAGAGAGGGAGCGGAGCAGAGUGGGAGCUCGACUUCAUCUGGUCUAGUCAUCAAACCUCAACAAACAUCAGGAGCCCAGAGGAAGGACCAGGAACCUCCACAAACAUCUGGAGUUGAGAGGGAGGACCAGGAACCUCCACAAACAUCUGGAGUUGAGAGGGAGGACCAGGAACCUCCACAAACAUCUGGAGCUAAGAGGGAGGACCAGGAACCUCCACAAACAUCUGGAGCUAAGAGGGAGGACCAGGAACCUCCACAAACAUCUGGAGCUAAGAGGGAGGACCAGGAACCUCCACAAACAUCUAAACCUUCAGAGUCCAACUGUUCGUCUCGGCAGCAGCUGGAUCUGUCCUCGGUGUCCUCCGUCCUCCAGCUGGAGUCUCUGGGCCUGGACGUCCUAAAGGAGGAACUCAUGUCUCGGGGGUUGAAGUGCGGGGGGACAUUAUCUGAGCGCGCCGCCCGACUCUUCUCCGUCAGAGGACUGAGUCCAGAUCAGAUCGAUCCGGCACUGCUCGCCAAACCAGCCAAGAGCAGGAAGAAGUAAACACUGCUUCUUCUUCUUUGUUUUAUUAAUUAUCAGCUUUAGAACAAGAUCAGAUCUUUGGUUCCUUCACUGCAACGUGUUUGUUUAAUGUAAAGUUCUGUCCAAUCGGAAAUCAGGACUAUUUGAUUCUUUAUUAAAAUGUUUCUGAAACAAAACAUUAAACGUUCUUUUUACUCA